AUGGAGGAGAUCCGGGCAGCAAAGUAUCCGGACGUCAAAGACGAUCACAGCAAAGCAACUGACGAGAAAAUGAUGUCAAUUUAUCUGCAAAGUAUCAACGACAACGGAGAAUCAUGGCCUGAAGAGUUCAUGGAAGACAGAGACGUGUUCACCAAGAAUCCAAGCGAGGUUUUCGAAUCCGAGAACCCUUUCGUCGUAUUCGUUUACCCAAGAACAGAAGCCUGUGGUAGAACCGAUGGAUGCGGCUGUGGUGGCUGGAGGAUCAUAGGUCAUGAUAAACUGAUCAAAGACGAGGAUACUGGGAAGAUUCUAGGGUUCAAGAAGAUCCUCAAGUUCUGCGGAGAAACGCAAGCGAGAGGUUACAAGAGAACUUGGGUGAUGGAGCAGUACAGGGUUCCGAGUAAAUGGAACCCUAAGCAAGACCACGUUGUUUGCAAGAUUCAGCUUUUGUUCCAAACCGAGAUCAGUUUCUUGCUAGCCAAGCACUUCUCGUACUCAGCAGAUCCGCUUCCUGUGAUAUUUGAUUCUGGUGGAAACGAGUGGCCUUGCUACGUUACCAACGACAUCUACCGCGUGCAUCCAUCGACGCUUGUGGAUCAUGAAGAUAAGAGGUCUACAGCAUCUGGACUCUGCGUCUUCGCUAACCGAACAGAGGCUUGUGGUUACACCGACGGGUGUGAAAGCGGUCGCUGGAGGAUCGUGGAAGAGGAUAAUGCGAACUUCUCGAUGAGCCAUGAGGUGAUGGGUUACAAGAGGGUCUUCAAGUUUUACGAAGAGGACAAAGGAAGAUAUUUUGAUAUUGUGGACGGAGAACAAGUGUUGAGAACCUGGAUUAUGGAAGAGUAUAGGCUUGUCGAAGACGCAAUGAAGGAUAAAGUGUUGUGCGUUAUCAAGCGAGGUCGGAGGUAA